UGCUGCUCCGCAAUGGGAGCCGCCGCCGUCGCCGCUGUGUAGUUUUUCGUGCUCCUCCUUUUCCUCCUCCUCUUUCUCCUCCUCCUCAGGGCCCCAGUCAGGCCGAUCCGCUCCGCUCACGGAAGGAAAACUGAGAUAUAAAUUGCUCUCUUGUCUGGAGUCACAUGGUAAUUCAAAAAUGGCAGAACUCUUUAUGGAAUGUGAAGAAGAAGAGUUAGAACCAUGGCAGAAGAAAGUAAAAGAGGUUGAAGAUGAUGAUGAUGAUGAGCCAAUCUUUGUUGGAGAGAUAUCAAGUUCAAAACCAGCAAUUUCAAAUAUUUUGAAUAGAGUAAACCCCAGCUCAUAUUCAAGGGGAGUAAAGAAUGGUGCACUCAGUCGAGGUAUUACUGCUGCAUUCAAGCCUACAAGUCAACACUACACCAGCCCAACAUCAAAUCCAGUGGCUGCGUCGCCAGUAAAUUUUCAUCCUGAAUCUAGAUCUUCCGAUAGUUCUGUUAUUGUUCAGCCUUUGUCUAAACCUGGUUAUGUAAUGAACUCAGCACGAGUUGUGUCUAAUAAUUCUUCAGAGUUACUGUUUGACUUGACCCAGGAUACAGGAUCAUCACAUUACCAAGGGGGACCAACACUUUCUAUACCAGGUAUGAAUGAAAGUUCGUUUUUAUCAAAACGUCCUUCUACUUCUGAAGUAAACAGCGUUAAUCCAAAAAAGCCAAAGCCCAGUGAUGGUAUUUCUGGAUUAAAUUCUUCAGCUGUAUUUCCUUCAGUUAAAUCUCUUUCAGUGACAUCUUCCCAGGCUGCAUCAUCAAAAGGUACAAAUACCUCUUCAAAUCAAUCUAAAAAUGGAACACCUUUUCCGAGAGCUUGUCCAAAGUGCAAUAUUCAUUUUAAUCUUUUGGAUCCUUUGAAAAAUCACAUGAAGUACUGUUGUCCAGACAUGAUAAAUAACUUUUUAGGACUGGCUAAAACAGAAUUUUCAAGUACAGCAAAUAAAAACAAGACUGUUGAUUCAGAGAAAGGAAAAUUGAUCAUGUUAGUUAAUGACUUUUAUUAUGGAAAACAUGAAGGAGAUGCCCAGGAAGAACAGAAGACUCACACAACUUUUAAAUGCUUCAGUUGCUUGAAAAUUCUUAAAAAUAAUAUUAGGUUUAUGAACCACAUGAAACACCAUUUGGAACUUGAGAAGCAGAGCAGUGAGAGCUGGGAAAACCACACCACCUGCCAGCACUGCUAUCGUCAGUUUCCCACACCAUUUCAACUGCAGUGUCACAUUGAAAGCACACAUACACCCCAUGAAUUUUCUACCAUUUGCAAAAUCUGUGAAUUAUCAUUUGAAACGGAGCAUAUUCUUUUACAACAUAUGAAGGACAAUCAUAAGCCUGGGGAAAUGCCAUAUAUUUGCCAGGUUUGCAAUUACAGAUCAUCAUCAUUUUCUGAUGUAGAAACUCAUUUUAGAACAUCCCAUGAAAACACUAAGAACUUGCUAUGUCCAUUUUGCCUCAAAGUUAUUAAAAUUGCAACACCCUACAUGCAUCAUUAUAUGAAGCAUCAGAAAAAAGGAAUACAUCGUUGUACAAAAUGCAGACUGCAGUUUUUGACAUGCAAAGAGAAAAUGGAUCAUAAGACUCAACAUCAUAGAACAUUUAUAAAACCUAAACAACUGGAAGGGUUGCCUCCUGGAACAAAAGUUACUAUUCGAGCUUCAGUUGGACCGCUUCAGUCAGGAUCUUCAACUACACCUUCAAUUAGUGCAAGCACUUCUACCCUUCAGCUCUCACCUCCAAGGACUAAAAAUAUAACUGCUAAAAAUCCCACAAAAUCUAACACAAGCAAACCUAAUCCAACUAAAUCCAAUACAAGUAAACCUAAUGCAAGUAAGCCUAAUGGAAGUAAAUCUAAAUAUAAAUCAAAAAUCUCUAAUAUGCAAAAGAAACAAAGCACAUUGGCUAGUAGCAAUAAAAAAAGUAAAGUCAAUACAGCAUUGAGGAACUUAAGGUAUCGUCGGGGAGUUCACAAGUGCAUUGAGUGUUGUUCCGAAAUAAAAGAUUUUGCAAAUCAUUUUCCUACGUAUGUCCAUUGUAGUUUUUGCAGAUACAACACUAGCUGUAGCAAAGCCUAUGUAAAUCAUAUGAUGAGCUUUCAUAGUAACCGUCCAAGUAAAAGGUUUUGUAUUUUUAAGAAGCAUUCAGAAGAUCUCAGGGGCAUUACUCUAGUGUGCCUUAAUUGUGAUUUCAUUGCUGAUGUUUCUGGCUUAGAUAUUAUGGCCACACACUUAAGUCAACAUGAAACUCAUACUUGUCAAGUUGUGUUAGAGAAAGUUUCUGUUUGUAUCCCAACUUCUGAACAUCUUUCUGAAUUAAAAAAUGAAGCUCCCACUAAGGAACAAGAACCUGUGUCUGAGGAAAUUGCAAGACCUAAUAUGGCUGAAGGAGAAACAGAAACAUCAAAUUCUGAAAGUAAACAAGAUAAAGCUUCAGAGGAAGAAAAAAAUGGAUGUGAUACAAAUUCAUUUGAAGGCUCAUUAGCAACAAAAAGUGAAGACAGCAUAACAGUUUCAAAUAAGGAAAAUGAUACCUGUCUCAGAGACCAAAAGACUGGGUUAAAGAAUAUCUUCAGUCAUGAUUCAAAUAUUGAUGCAGAUAAAGUAGAAAAGGAAAAACAAAUAGAGCACAAUUGUCAGAAAACAGAGUUGAAGAUGUGUCAAAGUUCAGGAAACAUAAAUUCAUGUGAUCAGAUUGAAGAUUCCAACUCCAGUGAAGCUAGGUUUUCUUCGAAGAAUAUUAAGGAUUUGCGGUUAACAUCUGGUGAUGUUAGCAUUGACCAGUUUUUGAGAAAAAGAGAUGAACCUGAAUCUGUUAGUUCUGAUGUUAGUGAGCAAGGCAGUAUACAUUUAGAACCUUUGACUCCAUCAGAGGUACUUGAAUAUGAAGCCACAGAGAUUCUUCAGAAAGGUAGUGGUGAUCCUUCAGCCAAGACUGAUGAAGUAGAGUCUGAUCAAGCUGACAGUGUUCCUGGAGAAGAUAGCACUAGCACGACAGAGACAACAGUAGACCUGGCAGAUGAAAAAGAAAGAAGUUGAAAUUUAUUAGUCAUUCUAAGUUUAGGGUACCAACGGUUAGAACAUUUGGAACAGUGCUAUCAGGUGAGCUCAGUGGUGCUGUUUUGGAGUUCAGAAAGAGGAAAAUGUGAAGGAAGUCAUUUGUAUACACUUUACCUGUAUGUUCAACCCAGAUUCUUAAAUCAAUUCACUGAUAAUAGCAUGAUUUCUGUGGAUUUCCAGGAAGCCUUUAACACAUAACAGGGUUUUAGUGAAAGUUACGUUUGCAAUGGAAAAUUCUCAUUUAACAGUUUGUGAGAAGAACUUUGUGGCCAGUAUGAAUUGAUUAUUAGAAUAUUAAUUAUAAUAACAAAGCUUUUGAAACUUACAUCAGUCCUAAGCUAAGUUCUUAUUACCUAUGUGUAUCCUUUUCAGUUAACUUAAAGGAAGAGAUUUGGAACCACAUACCUUUUGGGAAUAAUUGAUUAAAAAUAAUGGCUGAUAGGCAUUGUUAAUGAAGGCUUCAUUUUAAGUAUGAUGCUGGCAAAUAGAGCAUGCUUAGAGUGCUAAAUUAAUUGAUCUAGUGAGAAUUUGGAUGAACAUAAAAUCAAUUUUGGAUUUAAUAUAACAUUCCAGACUGUCAGAAGCAUGUAAACAGAAUAUUUGAAUCUGUGUACCUCCGUACAAGUGUUAGCCUGCCAGGCUGUAAGCUUACCUUAAUUAAACUUUCAGUGAAAGUGAAAUUAUUAAGAUAUAAAUUUAUAUUUGUGCUUUUUGUCAAUGUGUAAGCUGUGCAGAAAUCCUUGAUGUGCUAGUUGUAUAAAAUAGAAACCUGUUGUUCAAACUCCUGUAGCUGUUAUGCUUUUAAUAUUGUUUUAAUGAUCUUUAGAAAUAGACCCAUAAAAUGGUCUGGAAGCCAAACCAAAGUAUGGUAUAAUGUAGAUAUUGUAAAGCAGUAAACUGAAAACAUGUCCUGGCUUAUGCCAUGUUUAAGUGACUUUUUCUUUAAUUGUAAAAUAGAAACUUCAAAUGGGACCUAAAGCAGUGAUGUAAAAACUUGGUUUGGGAUAUUUAGCCUAAUUUAUCCGUAUCCUAUUUUAUCCAUAAAAUGGCUGCUAAAUUGUUUUUUUCAGUUUUUUUAUCAUCUAGAAAAUAAUAGAUAUAGAAAUAAAUAAUAUGAAUAACAGUAGUUUGCUUUAAAGUACUAAAAAAAUUUUAUUGAAAAUGCUACAUUUUUACUUCUUAAAAUGUGCUUUGAAUUCUUAAGUUUUGUUUCACUGAAUGUUAAAUGUUUUAAACGGCUAUUAAAAUUCUGCUGUAUAUAGUAGUUUUUGAGUAAAUAUUUGUAAUAAAAAUCUGUCCCUGAA